CUCACCAAGCUUUUACAACACCUGGCGUCGGUUUCCGGCAGUUGGUCGUCAGCGACAGCAGCAGCAGAAGCAAGGUUUUACGGCAGUGUGGCAACGACAGCGACGUGAAGGUCCUUCGCCUGAAAAACGAAAUAUCCAAAAACGAAACCAGGGUAAUAAAGUGCAAACAAAACACUAGAGAGAACGAAAAAAACAAAUGAGCGUUUUUGAUUUGUUUAGAGGUUUUUUUGGCUUCCCAGGAAGCAAUUUCCACGGAGACAGAAGAAGGGACCCGUUCUUUGAGGGAAUGACGCGCUCGGAGGAUGACGAUGGUGAUGAUGACGAGGAGGAGGAGGAGGAUGACGGUGGAUUCGACCGGUUCUUCAGCGGAGGGGGUCCGGGAGCGGGGAGAAGGGAUAAUCCCGACGGGAUGCGCUUCCACGACAGACUCGGGAUCGAGGAGCUUCUCCGGGGAGUGGAUGACCUGUUCAGAGGGGCGUGGGGCUCGGAGCUUCCCUCCCGACACCGCGAGCACCCCAGUAUUGGACCCCCGGAUUCGGAGGCGCACAGUCAGGGGGGCGCUUCUCUCCGGGACUCGAUGCUCAAACACCCCGACAGCACCCCCGCUCCGGGAGGGGGUACCCCUGCCCCCCGCACCCCUCCCGGGGACGACUCCCCUCUCCAGAAGUACGAGGACAGGUGGAGAGGGUUCGAUCCGAGACACGAGGCGGACUCCAUGAAGGAGGACAAGGAUCUCGAUUCCCAGGUAUCUUCAGAAGGUCUCGACACGAUCCUCAAGCCCAAGAUGAAAUCCUUCUUCAAGAGCGUCUCUGUGAUGAAGAUCGUGGGUCCUGAUGGGACGGUGGAGGAGAGGCGCACAGUGAGAGACAGCCAGGGGAAAGAGGAGACCACAGUGACUCGGACCCGGGCAGACCAGCGAGACGGAGAGCGAGAGGGUGCCUCGGCGCAGUUCACGGACAUGCUGCCAGACUCCUGCCUGCAAGACGAUUUCUCCGUCUUUUCAAAAAUUUUCAGAGGAUUUUUCACCGGCCGAUGAGCAAAUAGGGCCAAAGCGACUUUUGCUUACCUGUACAGCAGGUGCAGGAAAAACUCAAGUGGUGUUUUGAAUGUAGAAGAAACAAAAGGAAGAAUUCAAUACAGAAAGAUAGAGUCCAGGGACGGGAAUCAGACUCCCGCUGCACAGCACUGUGAUCCAGUCCUGGUUUCACUAGGAGUUUAAUAAUCAGACACACCUGAGCUUGUUAGCUAGACACACUGGGGCUGAUCAAGCUGGUAGUAAAACCUGGCACGGAUCACACUGCUGUGCGAUAGGAGUUUCCAGUCUUGCUGUUUACUGGAUAGCAGGACUGCAUUGCAGUUUGACUGUAUACAGUGUUUAUUAUUAUUAGCCCUCGAUAUGGAUUUGAAAUGUUUAUUUGUUUAUUUUCCACAGCAUGCAGUGUAACGCCUUGAAACCACCUCUGUAUUCAGCAAGAGGGCAGUCAGCGGCCGUGUCAAAUGCAUCAACCCUCAUGAUAAAACCAUCUCUCCAAAAAGACCAGCAUUCUGUGUCUUUAUAAUUUAGAUCAAUUAAAAUUUACACACAGAUCUAUACAGGGUCAUUUAGAAAUUAAGUUUACCAUAUGAGAGAUGGUGUGUUGAUGUGAUUGAUCUAUCUAUCUAUCUAUAUUUAUCUAUCCAUCCAUCCAGUCCAGUCCAGUCCAGUGGUUAAAGUCCAGGGCUUGUCACCAGAAAGUCACAGGUUCAAAUCCCACCUCUGCCACUGACUGACUCACUGUGUGCGACCCUGAGCACGUCACUUCACCUCCUUGUGCUCCGUCCUGCGGAUGAGACGUUAAAUCAACGUCCUAUUGGAAGUGACUCUGCAUAUAAUGCACAGACCUACAGCCUACCUCUGUACAGCGCUCUGUGUGUGUGUGUGUGUGUGUAUAUAUUUAAUCAGUAUAUUAGAAUCCCAGUUAGGAAGCGUAUUUCAUACAUGCUUAUAGAAGAAAACUAACAAACUCAAUCCAGUCAAAGUUGUAUAAAAAGCUGAAAAUAAAUAAAGAAAUGAAUCUGUGA